AUCUUCCAAGCUAAAUGAUAUUGUGGUGUCUACUGUGCAUUGCUAAGAAGGUGCCCUCAGCCAGUUUGGCUUGAGCUGAGGAGACAGCAGAGGUCACAUGUGUGACAGUAUUUCUGCAGCUGUUUCCCUUUUGUAGUGAGCCUGCUAUUGCUUUGUUUUGUAGGGCUGUAGGGUUCUGGUGAACUUUGCUCAUUCUCAUUUUAUUAAAAUACCUGGAGUUUUUUUUUUUCAUCAUUUAUCAUUUCAUCAUUAGUAGUGUAAACUAGGUAAGAUAAAAAUAAUAUAAACAAUUUAAUGGAGCUGUGACAGGUGAUGUAAACUUUUGUGAGGCGAUGUCCAAGAAUAACAAAGAUGACUUGUAAAGAUAUGAGGGUGCACUACAAAUUGAUAGAUGACAGGAUGCUGAUGUGGAUAAACAUGGAGAGUGUGCUGUAAUGUCUUAAUUUGUGAGAGUGGGUGAAUUGCCUUUUCCUUUCCCACAAUGUGUUUGUGGCACUGGUGCUAGCAUGUGGUUGGCACGUUUCCCACUGCCCAGGGUGGAAUCCUUGGCACGGAGCGCGAGAGAGAAAACUUGGAUUGAGCAAGAUCCCUGCUGGAGUUGGGUGGGUGGUCCAAAAAUAUGCAGGGUGAAGAAAAUCUAGUUUACAGUCGUCGUCUUCUCUGUUCUGCAAUGGAAGUAAACAGCGGCUAUUCGCCGCCAUGGCAGGCGGUGCUAAGGUAGUAUGGAAUGACAUGUGCAGCGCAGCAGCAUUUCUCACGCUUGUCAUACAGCCAGAGGAAUGCAGGGAUUCAGUUUCAGGCUUUUCAUUUCUGUACACAUUGUGAGGGUCAAAUUCUGACCAGCGUGAUCCUCCCCCCUAACUCUCUGUCUCUCGCUCCCUGCUGACUCAGCAGUGUUCCUUUAGUGACCUGUAGUGUGGUUUUGCUUGCUUUAGCUUUACUGUUUUCAGCGGGUUAAGGAAUCUCCUUAGUUGACCUGCAGUUUUCUGUCAUAUUUUAAAGAUUGGUAUAAAGAGGUAAAUCAAGGUUGAGACUAAAAUAAAAUCUAAUCAAGCUACAAAAUAUUGGUGUUUUCCUCCAUUAAUAAUGAACAACGAAUUGUUUGAAAGUUGUAUCAAGACAAUCAAUUCUCACAAUCAUCUGAUGUUCCAAGCAGAACAUGCAGUUAUACUGUGUGGACCAGAAAUACACACGGGUCGUUUUGUUUUAACAAACAGUCUUAAAAGUAAUGACAAAUUAAAUUUCUGAGCUUUAAAAAAACAUCAUGUGAAAAUUUUAUUUUCCAAUUUGUGUUUUUAUUAAUGGUGGUAAUACUAAUUCUAUAAUUAUGUUUGCUUAAUUCAAUUACACAAACAAACCUAAUUGAAUAACCAAAUUACCUCUGUUUGUCCCCCACAGACAUGUGCGAGUGUGCAUGUGUUUGUUUGUAUGUUAAAGUGUUUCAAUUCAUGCCUUUACUCCAGAGAUUUGUGGUUUUGGCACCUGAAGAUGUGGGCCAUCAAAACAAAACCGCCUCCCAUCUCAUCUGGCAGUCGAGUGCAAAACAGAGGCAGUCAUUGGAGAGGAGAUUACACAGGAGACGUAGGGCCGUGUUGUUACACUGACGCUCCUGCUACAGAAGCAGACUGAUCAUAAUUCAAUUUGAAAACACACUGUGGGUUGGAGAGACCUAGACCUUUGGGUACAAAUAAUGACAAAUGAAAACAUCUCUGCUUAUGUGACACUCUAGUUUCUCAUGAUGUUGGUCUAAAAAAAAACAGAUAUGAACAACUGAAUGAACAACUAUUUUUUUUUUUUACAAUGUUUCUGCAAUUUGUAUUUAAAAUGUCAACUUGAGUCCCGUUUGACCUGGCUGGUUUUCAUCUCUGGUCAGCUGAUGUGUGUGUAAAUGGAGGAGAUCACUUUCUGUGCAAAGAGAAUCAUUUUCAUCCAGUGCUCCGAGAGCGAUGGGGUUUAUCACGGUGCUCCGAUUACAUGUUCCACUGUCAGAGCCGCACUUGGCAUUUAAAGCAUCCCCAGAAAUGCGUUUUACCGAUUACUGUUAUCCUGCUCACGCUUUGUGCAGGAAAAAGAAAUGCAAACCCUGCUUUUGUGUCCUCGUGUCUUGCAUAUUUGACAGACUCUUGUGUGUUUUUGCUGUGAGGCCGAGCGUCGACCUGUCACUUUGUCUCAGUAUUUGUCUGAUUAAAGUGGCAUAGUUGUGUCGGCUGAUCUUUCCCCCUCCCCUCCCUGCAAACAUGGAACCUCCUUAUCCUUCCACUGCAUAGCCGCAGGCCUCAAGUGGAACCAAUUUCGUACGUACUGUAACAAGCAAGGCGACUUUAUAGAUGGAGAAACACACAGGCUCCAUAGAUAUGGAGCGGACAUGCAGGCCAGUCACAAGACGGGCUCUAAAUCCCCUUAAAAAAUGUUGAUACAAUCAACUGCGCCCAUAAACUAUGCCCUGCCCAAGUCUUUCUCACACUCUAAUAACACCUCUCACCUUUUACAACACGCAUUAUCAGACUCAUUAUGGCACUUGCUACUCACUCACUUGUGAUGAUAUCCCUUAAGUCACAGCUGAAGCAGCUGGCUUUGCUAUUGGAGCAACAGAUGUAAGGGGCAUCUGGUGCAGGGUUGAAUUUGCAACAGAGCGACCAUUGAUACGGCAACUGUGACUCUAAUGUGCGAAUAAAUAAGUCUUUUAUGUGGGGAUUCCGUUAUGCUGAUCUAUAUGCUUGUCAUAUAUGUGAUAGGGUGUGGAUUGAUGGUCAAGGUAUAUUUAGUCAGUUUAAUAUAAAUCUACACACUAUUUAAGGUGCAGCCAGUGGAGGAGGGUGAAUAAAGCCUCUGUAUGUGCAUCCAUAAAGCUGGUGUGUCUUAAAUUAUACCACUGAUGUGGUGUCACUGAGUGAAUGAAGGGAUUGACGACUCACCUGUGAUUCCAUGUCAGCGGACGCCAUGCCAGGGUCGUCGGACAGCAGCCGCUGCACUGUUUCUGUUACGUGUUUGUUCCAAUUAAAACUGAUUUCCAUGAUUGUAUUAAGCAAUAGAAUUAAUUUUGCAAGGAAAAAAUCAUCUCUGUAAAAAUCAUUAGGGCAUUUUUCAUCCAGAUUGGCCAUUUAAAUAGGAUUAGCCGUAAACUAAACCGGUGAAGUGUUUCCACACUUUGGCUCGUUCUGUCACUCGGUCUGUAAAUUAAGGGCUGAGCAUGUAACAGCUUUAAAGUUUAAAGGAAAUUCCUCCACAGUAAGAGCCGUAAAGUUUAAAAAGAGGAAGGUGGAGCUGACAGAUGUACUAUUAGUUUUGAAAUGACAUUUUAAAACAUCAGCAAUCGAGCAGUUUUUUGCUUUCACUUCAUCUGGUGUUCAGUUCUGCUGAGUCACCUUCUGUUGGGCCUGCUGACUCAUCAGAUGUUAUGUUGUGAGGAAUAUUGAGUGUCACCUAUAGCACGUGGCUUCCGGCAGUGCAUUUGUGCAGGGUGCAGAAGGGAAUCGCUCCACUCCAUUAUGUCAUCACAUGACAUCAUGUGAACGCAUUCCUCAGCUGGCUCACUUGGCAGCAGGGAGACGUGGAUCAUGCUUAAAGGUUUCCUAGCAUUACCGUGUUGCAGCAAUGGCCUGAGGGACUCUCUGGACUAAAACCAAGACGCUGAUAUGCACUGAGGAUGAGCGGACUCAGUGAAAACACAUCUGACCCUGCCAGGGCAGAUUCAAGAAAACGCAAGGAAUGUUCUACCGAACUUUUAGGACCCAGUCCCAAGCGCAGCAAUGAGAAGCGCAACCGUGAGCAUGAGAACAAAUACAUUGAAGAGCUGGCCGAGCUGAUCUUUGCCAACUUCAAUGACAUCGACAACUUCAAUGUCAAACCUGACAAAUGUGCAGUCCUGAAGGAAACUGUGAAGCAAAUUAGACAAAUAAAGGAGCAAGAAAAAGCUGCGGCAGCGAACGAGGAGGAGGUUCAGAAGGCUGAUGUCUCGUCAACAGGCCAAAGUGUGAUUGACAAAGAUGCCUUGGGGCCAAUGAUGCUGGAGGCCCUGGACGGCUUCUUCUUUGUGGUAAACAUGGAGGGUAACAUUGUAUUUGUUUCUGAGAAUGUGACCCAGUACCUGCGCUACAACCAGGAGGAGCUGAUGAACACCAGCGUCUACAGCGUCCUGCACGUCGGGGAUCAUGCCGAGUUCAUCAAAAACCUGCUACCCAAAUCCCUCGUGAACGGCGUUCCAUGGUCCAGCGAAGGUCCGAGGAGGAACAGUCACACGUUUAACUGCAGGAUGCUGGUCAAUCCCCACAGCAAGAGCCAAGAUGAGCCGCACGAGCAUGAGACCCAGCAGCAGAAAUACGAGACCAUGCAGUGCUUUGCUGUUUCAGAGCCCAAAUCCAUCAAGGAGGAAGGAGAUGGUACGGAAAGAGAAAAUUUUCAGUCGUGCCUGAUCUGUGUGGCUCGCAGGGUACCCAUGAAAGAAAGGCCGAUGCUUCCCACACACGAGAGCUUUACCACGCGCCAGGAUUUGCAAGGUAAAAUAACAUCUUUGGAUACCAGUCUGCUGCGGGCCUCCAUGAAACCAGGCUGGGAAGAUCUGGUGAGACGCUGCAUUCAGAGGUUCCACCUACAGAAUGAUGGAGAGAUGUCUUUCGCCAAAAGACAUCAGCAGGAAGUUUUACGCCAUGGCCAAGCAUUCAGCCCAAUCUACCGCUUCUCCCUCUCUGAUGGUACAAUUGUGUCAGCCCACACCAAGAGCAAGCUGGUCCGCUCUCCCACCACCAACGAGCCUCAGCUCUACAUGUCCCUACACAUUCUACAGAGGGAACAGACAUGUGGAAUGGGUCAGGACAUGGGUCCUGGCAAUCAGGCCACAGCAAUGGCCCCCAAACCAAUGAACUCCUCCACCCCCUCCAUGACUCCUCCAACCCCAGGCAGCUUGCCAGGUUUGGGGCCUCAGGGCCAAGACACUACCAUCAGCAGCAACAGCACGCCUUUUUCUCCUCCAGGUCCUGCUGGACCCAGAGAGCCAGCAGCCAUGGGGGGCCAUAUGCAAGGCUACCGUUUCGGCUGUCCCCCACCCCACAACCACACCGGGGGCAUGCAGCCACCCCAGCAGGGCCCAAACUGGAGGAUGAAUAGUCCUUCACGUGCCAGCCCCAGCCCUGCCGGUGGGCCCCAUCCUCCCCAACAAAACUCUAUGCUGUCACCUAGGCAUCGAGGUAGUCCUGGGGGUGCGGGCAGCCCUUGUGUACCUGGAGGCUUGCACUCACCCUCACCAGUCGGGAUGUGUGGUGGAGGACCUGGAGGUGCAGGCAGUAAUAGCGCGACUAACAGCUACACUAGCAGUUCAUUGUCAGCUCUACAGGCUCUUAGCGAGUGCCACGGUGUAGGACACGGGCAUGGGCCCCCUCAUGCACAUACUCUGGGGUCUCCAGACAGGAAGAUAGGCUCCCCAGCUGGAGUCACACCAGGAUCAGGAGUAAGUACUCAUCUGAUGUCAAAAAUUGGAGUAGGCAGUGGCACUAGUGGUGGUACAGGGGAAUCAUUUGGCCCUCACACAGAGGUGGGUCAGGGGCACAGCCAGGGCCCAACAGAGAACAACCCAGCUGAGGUCAAGGAGGAGAGGGAAGGGCUCCCCGAGGGCCAGGAUGCUCACAAUCGUCUUCAUGACAACAAAGGCCACACGAAGCUACUGCAGCUUCUCACCACCAAGCCUGAGCCCCUGGAGACACCCCUGUCACCUUCUGCAGGAGGUGAGGGCAAGGACCAGACAGGAGCAGGGUUCCGUGGUGGCCACGCUGCAGGAAACACUCAUGCAACGUCUCUUAAAGAAAAACACAAGAUUUUGCACCAACUUCUUCAAAACAGUGCAUCUCCAGUCGACCUGGCCAAACUCACGGCAGAGGCCACAGGCAAGGAACUGGAACAAAACCAGGGCGCCAGUAAUACAGCUCCUGGGGCGGAAAUUACACCUAAGCAAGAGCCCCUAAGCCCCAAGAAGAAAGACAAUGCCCUUCUACGCUAUCUACUGGAUAAGGAUGACACUGUCUUGAAGGACAAGGUAGCCAAGCUGGAGCCUGGGGAGGUGAAGGUUGAAGCGGGCAAGAAUGUCAAGGUGGAGAAGCAAGAUGCAGGAUAUGAGCGGGCUGAGCAGCCAUCGGAGCUGGACGCCAUCCUGAAUGACCUGCAGAAUGCUCAGCCACAGCUCUUCUGUGAUUCAAGACCGGUUUCAUUGCCGAGUCCUAUGGACAAACAGAACAUCAUCAAUGACAUCUUGCAGAUGUCCGAGACCAAUCCUGCCAUGGCAACACAGCAGCCACACCGAGGCAUGGGGCCUGGAAUGGGUCCAACAAACUUUGGAGGUGUCCGACCAGGCCAGCCAGGCAGGGGUGGGCCUGCGAGGAGUGUGUCUCUGGACAUGAAUGUGUCCCCCCAGCAGCCCUCAUUACAGUACCCCCUAAGAGCCACUAGUCCAUAUACUCUAAUGCAGCAGCAAAGCAUGGUGGGAGGUCAUGGCAUGAUGGCUAACCAAACUACCAUGGUCAACACAGGACUCAUAGCUCCAGGUGGUCCACGACCAGGUCUGCAGCAGCAGCAAGAGGGUUGGGUGGGUCCAGCAUCUGGUCCUGGGCAGCAGACUCCCAUGCAGGGCAGGAUGGGGCCAAAUGGUGCUCCCAUGAGGCCUAGCAGCCAGCCAGGGCCAAGGCAAAUGCUCCAGUCUCCAAUGAUGGCUAUUGCUCCGUCUGACAUGGAUACAGGUAUGGUCAGCCACCACUUCUCCCAGCAACAAGCUCCACCCAACCAGACAGCCCCGUGGCCUGACAGUAUGAUUCCCAUUGAUCAUACAGCAUUUGUGAACCAGAAUAGGCACUCGGCACCCCAGGAUGAGUUAUUGUGCAGUACGGGGCUUGCUUCUGAUGGUGGUGGGGGAGUAGACGAGGGGGCCCUCAUGUCCCAGCUGUACACAGCACUAAAGGAUUUUGAUGGUUUGGAGGAACUCGAUCGUGCUCUCGGGAUUCCUGCUCUGGUAGAACAGAGUCAAUCACUGGAGCCAGACCAGUUUUCCCAGGACCCCUCAAUGAUAUUAGAGCAGAAGCCCCCCAUGUACACCCAGCAAUUUGGUCCUCCACCAUCCCACAUGGCCCAAAGGGUCUACCCUGGUUCUCCAAUGCAAGAUCCAGGCUUUCACCCCAUGUCAAGCCAAAUGGGUCCACGCCCUGGUUACCCCAUGAUGAGAAUGCAGGCACGGCCAACUCUUCGGCCCGCUGGGGUCGUCCCCAACCAACCCAACACACUACGACUGCAGCUCCAGCACCGGCUACAGUCACAGCAGAACCGCCAGCCUAUGAUGACCCAGAUGAGUAGUGUGUCAAAUGUGAACCUACCUCUUAGAGCCAAUGCUCCAAACCAGGGAACCAUCAAUGCCCAGAUGCUUGCACAGCGUCAGCGAGAGCUCCUGAGUAAUCACCUGAGGCAGAGGCAGCAGCAGCAGCAGCAACAACAGCAGGUCCAGCAGCAGAGGGGCAUGAUGAGAGGCCCAGGCUUGAACCUUCCUCCUAACAUGGCCGCCGGAGGCAUGAGUAACCCCCGGAUCCCCCAGGCCAACCCGCAGCAGUUUCCCUACCCGCCCAGCUACGGUACCAGUACAGGCCUGGCCUCACCACCUCCCCCUACCAGUCCCUUCUCCUCCCCUCUCUCCCCAAGCCUGCCCUCUCUCCCUUCAAACCCCCAGCUCCACUUGCAUGGCACCUCCUCUUCCUCCACCACCUCCUCCUCUUCACAGAUGAUGAUGGGAAACACAAACAUGAUGGGCGGACAGUAUGGGGCCGUACUCAGCCCCCAAUUGCAGCACAGUGCCUUUCAGUUUCCCAACUCAGGUAUGAGCCAACAGGCAGACGCAGGGUUUGGAGGCUCCAGCACACCACAGAGCCCCCUGCUUUCUCCCCGCAUGGCCCAUACACAGUCCCCAAUGAUGCAGCAGGGACAAGCAAACGCUGCUUUCCAGGGCUCCCCUGACAUGAACGGCUGGCAACAGUGCAACAUGGGAGCCAACAGUAUGUUCUCACAGCAGCAGGCGUCACCACAGUUCUCUCAGCAGAAUAACGGCAACAUGUACAACGGCAACGGCAUGAACCUCAACAGUGUUUCUAUGGCAACCAGCGGCAUGGGCCAGAUGGCCGGGCAGAUGAGUGUCACGUCCAUGGCCUCUGGGCCCUCGCCCGGCUUGCCCUCCAUGGGGCAAGAACAGAAAUAUUGUUGACCCUCAUGGAGGCAUCCUGAGUCAUCAUUGAUCACCUGGUGCAAGGAGCACGACGGCCCUUUAAAAAUUGUACAAACGCGCAAACCCACCGGCGGGCCCUUGAACCAGCUGUAGGCCGUGUCCUGCCCCCGUCUCCCCCACGCCCAAGUUUCCAGUCUGUCUCGGCUGGGCCUCUUCAGAAGCCCCAGAGGAGCCCCGGCCCUGCACAGACUCGAGUGUGAAGAGGGCUGGGGAAGGAUUGUGGAUCUGUCCAACACACCUAACCCUCCUGGAGGAGAGCCUCGUGAUGAGCCACUCUGUCUGCCUGUCCAGCUGCAUUCACCUAGUGUGACUUACUGUAGGCCUCCUGGUGGGGGACAGCAGUGGGUGGGAUCCCUCGCUCUGAUGAAUGUAUUCCUCUCAGUGGACAGCGGCCAUUUACAAUCUCAUCUCAAAAAUAAUAUACACUGUUAUUUUGUUUUGUUUUUUUCUUUAUGUCAUAUUUUUAUCACACAUUUGUUGAAUUUCCACACAGUUCCAUCAUGGCAGCAAAGACUCCACAGGUUAUUUUAAGAAUAAUACAAGGAGCUCAAACACUUAGCCGGUUUUGCCUUUUUGCUGUUCUUUAUUUUAUUAUUAUUAUUAUUAUUGUUAUUAUUAUUAUUUUUAGGUGGUUUUUUCUUGUGCGAAAUAAGAUGUAGAAUGAAGAUUAUGAUCUUGGAAAAACACUGCAGAAGAAUGGGUUGAGUGAUAUGCUGAUUUGUAUGGUUAGACUAAUUUAGUCAAGAGGUUUAUAUAGUGUAUUAAACUAAGUUUUAUUUUUCUGUAUAGAUUCAUUUUAAUUAUUUUAGAUGGUUCUUUAUCCUGGUAGCAAGAAGAAAUAUUUCUUAAAAGUGUGAAAGAGGCACUUUUUUUAUCAUUUUAACAAUAAUGGUUGUAUUCUUUCUGAGAAGAUUCUAUUAACCUGAAAAAUGGAUUAUACGUUGAUCCUGUCGUUUUCAGAACAAGAUGUCAAAAUCAAAUAUGGUUUUUAAAAUUAAUUACAGAGAUUGUACAUACCAAUAAGUAAAAAAAAUCUUUCCUAUUUAUUAUAUUCCUUGGGGUUUGGUUCCCCCUGUCUGGUCACAACUGCUUCUUAUAAAGUAGAGCAGGUGUUUUAUUUUUGUUUGUUUGUUUUUGGUUUGUUUAGUUUUUUUAUUUUUUGUGAGGGGAGGGGGGGGGGUCAGCUGAAGCCUUUGAGUUCUGAUGUUCUGGUACGACGCAAACAAGGGUGGGAGGUAGGUCGGAGUUGCAAGAGGGUGUGCUGUGUAUACAAUGUACAGAUUAUUGCUUGCUUCUCUGCCUUUAGCAUAGAACACAAAAAAUGGAAAAAAAAAUGGGGAAAACUCAAUACAGCCAUACAGUAACUCAAAAUAACAGAAGUGUGCUUUCUAUGUUGUCUGGAGUGAAAAAUGCUUCAUACAAGCUGCUAUAGGUGCAAAGUGUUCCAGUGUGAUGUAAACAAGCAAUAACAAUUACUUGAGGAUCUCUUGGAGUUUUUUGUUUUGUUUCGUUUUUGUAAUUUUUGUACAGUUUCCUGAAUGAAAAGGACACCUUUUUGCUCCACGUUUGGAUGCAGUAUUAAACCGUUUUUAUUGCAGUUUGUACCAAGAAAGUCUACAUCCACACAGCGUUCCUAUUAAAUUAUGCAGCGCCGACUGAGGCAGGGAGAGACGUAGUUCGUGAUGCCCCUAUAGACACACACGCACGCGCCCUCUCAGCCUCCAGUCGCUCUUCUAUAGCAGAGGUCCGAGUUAAGACUGCAGGGUUCACGCGACCUCCUCUGACAGACACUUAGCCAUAUUUUAUGACCUCAGGCAGUUCGUUCAACUUUAAAGUGUUCAGUAAUCACUUGCUCUUCUUGCAGCCCUAGGGGUUUUGGUUCGAGCUUAAGAUCUAAAGCAAGUCAUUUUCUCUAACCUCAGCGGUACAUUUUCCUCGAAAAGAAAUGUUUUUAUAUCGCCUAUUUUAACCCAGGACAGACUUGGAGCAAGCCAAAUAACCCUCACCUUUCAAUCGGGUUUUUGAAUCCUACCAGCUUUUAUUUUGGUAAUAACAGAAGACCUGUCUGUUAGCAUGCCCGCAGAAAAUGAGAAGUUAUCAUGAUGUCACUUAACAGGGUCUAAUGUAGAUGUUGCAGCGUAAAACAGGAAGAGAAUCAUUUUGAAUGUAUCGUCACCAAAGGUCUAAGGAUGUGACUGGUGCCAUUUAGUGUCGAUAUGUUGACAACGUGUUGUUUUACAGUGACGCCAUGCAUUUCUCAGAAGUUGCCCAUUGUUGCAUUUAAAAAAAAAUCACUUCUACAUGAAAUUUGAAGCUGUAGCAAGACAACCUUGGGACAACGGAGGUCUUCGUGUUUUUGGGUUCGUCAUCGCCGUCGAUGUUCUGCAGUUGUGCUGUAGGCUUACAGGACUUUUUUGAUAAAUGCUGUUUUGAUUGUAAAAUGCAGUUGUGUAGAAACAAGCCUUUUUGAGCCGUUUUAGAGGAUGAUUCACCGCCCUUUGCAAAAUUUCCAAAGAUUGUCAGGAUUUUGAAAACUCAAAGCCAUGUGGUAGCAAUGCAUUUUAUAGCAUUUAUAAUGAGGACAGAAAUAAAUAUUUUGCCCCUUAGAAGCAUCCAGGCUUUGGACCCACAAAAUAUUUUUUCUCUUUACUUUUAGUUUUAAGGAACUUCAAAUGCCCUUUUGUAUUGUCUGCAAAUUUCUUAGAGCUAAGAUGCAACCUUGAAAUGCUACAAACCCCAGCAAAAUGCCUUAGAUUUCGUCUGUUGUUGUUCUCGUUCAUGACACCGCUGUAAUAAAUUUGUACAAUGACGUGUGCUCAUUGCUGAGGGUGGCUCAUUGUUCAGCUCUUCUCGGACCCUCGCAGUUCCCCGUCCCACGUCACUGCUCUCUGUUGUGUGCUGGGUUGAAGACGCUGGCUUCAUUACUCCCACCUCCUCACUGUUUGUAUGGAAAAGAUGCUACAUAGGGAUAUUGAAGCAAUAUAUAAUAUACUAUAUGAACUUUCUGUUGUUUUCCCCAACUGUUUUUUUCUGCAUUGUUCACAGGAAUCACACUGUACAUCCGCCUCCACGUUUGUACCCCCUACUGUGUGUGUGUGUGUGCGUGCGUUUGCGUGCGUGCGUGCGCGUGUGUAUGAGCAUUUUAUGCAAAAUUAGAUAUAAGAGAAGUUAAAACCACAGUUAUGCAAGUUGUGAACUCAUAUGGCUUUGCUGAUGCUAUUUGCCAUGUAAAUAAAGAAAUUCUGUUAUUGCAAUA